UAUAUAAACACAAACACAUUGUUAUCUAUUAUUGUGUUUAUUAUCUAUUGAUAUCAGUAAUCAAUUUGUUAUUUAUUUGAUUUGAUUUGUUUUUUUGGUGGUUUCGGUACCUGAAGUAUGUCGUCGGAUACGACAACGACGACAACAUCGGAGACGAUGACCAGUUUCCAAGAGAUUGGCCGUCCGAUUGUCGGCGUCGGUAUUGUGUCCACUGAAGGCGAAAAACUAUUGAACGCUUUGAGAAAAAUACAGACAAAACUUCUUCGACAAAAACAACAGCAAACAGUUGACAAAAACAAUGCGAAGAAAACGUCGACAAUGACGACGACGACGAAAAAGUUGGUCAAACUGGCCGCCAAUGAGACGACAUCAGUCACUGCCGCCAUGGAUACCCAGCGCCAUACCUGUCCUCCAUCUACUGGUGACGGCGAUCGCCGUACGCCAGCUAAUAGUGUUGUCAUCAAUGGUGUUGAUGAUGGCGGUGAUGGAGAUCAUCGACACAGUGGUGACUGUCAUCAUCAUUAUCAUCAUAAUGACCACAAAGCACAACGACAUCAUCAUCAACAACAACAACAAUAUGAUGACAAUUAUAAUCAGUCGCUCGACAAUCGGCUAAAGCUAAUUGAAUCACAAUUGCAGACCAUUUCAAUUCAAUUGACGGCCAAUAGACACACUGCCGCUGUCGUAAACGGUGGUCAUACUCUGAUCGCUGACCAACAACAACAACAACAAAGUGAUGGCCGCCGAUUGUCAUCAUCAUCGUCGCCAUCGCCGGAGAGAAAGCGCACACAGGGUUUAAGUUCACGCGGUGUCGCCUCUGUCGACCACAAUGUUGUCACCGCCGAUAAGCGUUAUCGACUCGUAAACGAUGAUCACUACGAGUCGUCCAUUGCGGCCAUCAAACAGCUGUUGUUGAAAUCAUCAAACGAAAGGUCAACACCGACAACAACAACACCACCGAACGGUUCGAUACCGAAAUCGCGAUCAUUGGACACAUUAAGUCAUAGAUCAUCGCCAAUAGCGGGCGUUAGACCAAACAAACAUUUUCAUCUGCAAUACCGUGACAUACCUUUCCUAUUGGGAACAACAUCAAACAGUUAUUCAGUGAUAGCCAACCGUCAGUUGGAAAUAUCGCGACUCAAACAGCACAGCAAUCUUUGCCGUCACAACAUACCGGUGCGCAAGAUAUUCGACGAUAAACUAUGGACAGUGACGUUGGACACAGAAAUCAAAGAACUGUUGUAUGGUUUGAUUGAAGAACACGACUAUAUCUGCGAUGAAAUACAACACUUGAGCCGACAAUUGGAACAAUUGGGUGAAGAUUCGCAGCGAAGAUUGGACUUUAAUCGCGAACUGUUUUUCCUGUCUCGACGUAUAUCAGCCAAACAAAGACAGAUCACUGAAUUACAAGAAUUGCAUUCAUUGUUGUUGUCGUCGUCGUCGUCGACAACAACGAAAACUGUGGACAACAAACCACAGACACAGUCAACGAAUCAAAGAAUCAGACAACAAACUAUUGAUACGAAUUGCCAUAAAAAUAAUAGUAAUAAUUAUAAUAAUAAUAAUAAUAUAAAAGCCAAAAAUUCUACUAAACAUAAAACUAAUAAUAAUAAUAAUAAAUUUGAUAUUAAUAGCGAUUUUACUCCUAAAUGGAGAUAA